GUGGAAUCGACACAAGUGCAUACUAUUAAAAGGUCCAAUCCGUCCGGAAAAUUAAUAAAAUUACUAAGUAAAAAGGCUUCAGUUGAGGCGGUUUCCAGCAUAAAUAUACCAGACGCAUCAGUUAUCGUUUUGGAUAGGACAUCUUUCAAUAAUAAUAACACUGCUGCAGUAAUCUCAGGUGACGCUUGGAAAUUUUCUCGCUUAAUUUCGUUUCAAGACAACGUUAUUGACGUAUAUCAUCGCAAAGGUCGACGUUUGAACGGUUUGCAAUUGCCGCUACAUCCAUUGCAAUUACUUGGUUGGAUUGUUCUCUUUUUAUUCGGUUUGGCUACUUACUGGCUUUUAAUACCAUCGUUUACUACCGAUUUGCAAGAACCUUUGUACGGUCUAAUUGGUGGUCUCUAUUUAGUUCAUGUCGUCUCUCAUUUGAUAGCAUUGUUAAUUGACCCGGCAGAUCGUGAAUUAAGACGUUUGCAUCGCAACGAUCGAAUUAUUCCCGAGUUUGACCGGUCGAAACACGCCCAUGUUAUUGAAAACGGGCGUUGUCAUUUGUGUAAUAUACGAACAUCAUCAGAAGGCACUAAACAUUGCUCGGUUUGCAACAAAUGUGUGGGUAAAUUCGAUCAUCACUGUAAAUGGUUGAAUCACUGCAUAGGAUCGCGUAACUAUGUUGCCUUUCUAAUGUGUGUUGUUAGUGCUGUUUGUGCGACGUUAGUUAUUUUAGCAGCAGUUGUAGCUCAGUUUGUUUUGUAUUAUACAAAACCGCAAUGGCUUAAUUUUUGGCAUAAUGUUGAUCAUUACAAAGUGGUGGAAUCAAUAAGCCAACCACAAGGAGAAAAAAUGGCUUCUAGUGAUGUCUUUUUUAGAUCCAAUGAAAAUAGUAGCACUAAUGAUUCCGUUAAUUUAGAAAUAAGCCCAACCUUCAGUGCUAAUGUCACGAAAGUGGACAAGGGAACACAUUUUUUUACCCUAAAUGAUACUACAUUGUCCCUGCUGGGAAAUGUCACGACUUUGAUUACUGAAGCUGUAAAUGAAAGGGCCAAUCAAAGUAACAGUACCUAUGAAUCACCGUUAUUGAUUCUUCAAAAUAAUACGGAAAACCAAACUUUGAUUGCGUACAAUUCGACUACAAUCUCAUUUGCUGGUUUGACCAUUAAUCAAAAUAUAUUUUGGGUGGUCAUUGGUUGUUUAGGUAUUUUGGCCGCCGUAACAGCAGGUUUACUUCUGCAUCUGUGUUUCUUCCACAUAUAUAUUUCGUUUUUGGGUCUUACUACUUACGAGUAUAUUCGCAAUCACCGCCAGACUCAAGAAACUAAAGCAAACCAACUCAUCAGCGCUAAUAAUUUAAAUAAUGAAUCACUUAAUGAGGAUGAAUCCUUAAAUAAUCACCUGACCAAAAAGACUAAUGACUGUGCCGAAAUUUAUUUUUGUUCGAGUGUUCAUCAUCCCAACGAUUCUGCAAAUUCAGAGAUGUCUAGAGGAGCAGAGAACGAAGUGCAUACAUAUCCUGGCGGUUUCCGACGCUUAAAGUUACAUUGCUGCGCCAACUCCAGGGAAUAUCACCAGACUUCCUCGAAAAUAUACUACAUGUGUUCGUUAUUAGAAGAGACAUCCAUUAAGUCGCCUCUUCAAAUAAGUCAAGUCGAACAGAGUACUUCAACAGAAAUUCCUGCUGUUAUAAGAACUGAAAAAGAAAUGGGAAAAAAUUUCAAAACCUAUCACUGCUGCUCGGCAUUUACUGCCGCCGCCAGCCAAAGACGAGUAAGUGCUGCUGCUUCGAAAGCAACAUUAGUAAGCAAUUUAAAACGUACAACUGCGACUUUGAGUGCACAUCGCUCCUAUUUACAGUACGCAGAACGGUGCACUUUUUGUACAUUUCGUCUGCGUAGUCCCGCAAUAAGUAAGAAGGAUACAAAGUGUUCGCUGCACAAAUCACACCGUUCAGAGGAAGGAAAUCAACGUAAGGAGGUAAAAACAUAUUCAAAUAUUCUGCCAAUACCAGAUGCAGACAAUUCUCGAUGCUGCAUGAAAUCGAUAUCUAAACAUCAAAGAUGGAGGCGAAAAUGGAACUGCUGUGUUGGAGUGCCUGACAGCCCUGAUGUUCCCAAUGACUUGAUAACUUCAUUGAGUAUUAAACACGAGCACGAGAUGGCAACCAACAAAUAUAGUAACAGCAAUGUUACAACCAUGCAUUUUGAAAAUGCAAAAAGUGUUAGUGGUGCUGCAAUCAAAGCGGAGGAUCCGAACAGAACCGGCUUAAGCAUAAUUCAUCCUAAUUCUCCGGUACGUGAUAAAGCGGAACAAACUCGUUUGCGUAGUACACGUGCUUGGCCAAUAGCUAGAUUUCGCCACAUAAUGCGUGCGCUGCAUCGCUACAAAAGAUCUACAUGUAGACACCAAAAUUUCAGCAGUUCAACUUUGGGAGAACAAGUCAAACAAAAUCAAAUAUGUCCAUUACACUUGCAAGUUAGAUCGAAUGGCGAGCAUUUGUAUAGCGAUUACUAUGGCGCCAGUUCACCACAAUCGCUCUUCAGUACAACAAAUAUUUUAGAUACCGGUAAUGAACGUAGUAACAUUACUGACCCAAGCGAUCUUAACACUUCCUCAAACUCGGCCACCUUUAAAACUUCCAUCUUGCCCACUUCGAUUAUUCGGGACGAAACUUCGGUUACUUAUACAACACCGGUGGGUACAAUAUUACCUCCUGUUUUACCGCCCCCAGUACGUAGGAAAAUACGAAAUCCUACAGAUUUGGAUGAGCUGACUGAGACGUUGAGGUUUGCGUCCAAUCCGUCCAAUAAUACCAAUAAUCAUUUGACAUCAUUUCAACGUUUGCCAGUCGUGAACAACUUAUAUAGACGACAACGGCGCAAACAUUUCUUACGCACUAGAUCGCCUACUCUAUCCCCUAUACAUGAAUCCGGUCUGUCAAAUCCUACAUCACCGCAACCCUAUCGUCACAAUGUCAACAGUUGUUCACCAUCUUCGUCACCGAUAGUCAUGAACAAAUUUUGCUCAGUUGGUUCAAGUGAGUUAAAUCGCAAAACUUCAUCGAAUAGCUCGUUACGUAGUGAUAGCUCCAGUUCCAGUAGCAAUUAGAGCAAAUUACAGAUAUAUUCGUCAUAAAUUAGAAACAAAUACAUUUGUAGUUACAUGACAAAACGUAGUCUUCAUUGAUUUUAAAAUUCUUCAAAUGCAGCCUUGCGAAAUCACACAAAGCAGAAAUCAUUUAACCAUCUUUAAAAAAAUGUAAUUGUUUUUUUACAUUCAUCUGAAUUAGCUUUAAGUAAAUUUUAUGCGUCAUUAGCUAAUAUUUCCUAAAUACGUCUGCUUAAACAAAUUACAAAGCACAUAAUUAAAGUUGUAAACUGCAAUAAAGU